AUGGACCACGACGCGCACAAAUACAACGACAGGCGUAGUAACAACGACCUCUAUGCCGCUGCUAACCCGGGUCGUGAUAUCUUCGAGCGGGCAGUCGAGCCAUUGAUGAUAGCUGAAGGCGUGCCGCUCCGCCCGGCGAACAAAAGAUGUUCCUGGUAUUUGGGUGUACCCAGUGUCAAGCACGAUACGGAAUGGCUGAGUUUCCUGCGGACGGCCGGGAACACUGCCCCUGAUCCUGAGGUCGAAAAUGCUCGACCGCCCGCUGAGGUCGAAGACGCACAGUUGCCCGUGGAGCUCGAUGCAGGCGACGAUGGUGUCGCAGAGCUCAACGAAGACACAUCGUUCACAGCAGAGGAACGCGAAUGGGCUCGCGAUUGUAUGGCCUUUGCCUCCGGCAACAGCGUCUACCGCAUCCCACCUAGAGCGUCAUCGAGCUCAACACCAACCUUGAUGGGCUUGCCACAAGAGUUGCGAAACCAGAUCUACCGUCUUGCGCUGGUGGACAUCAACAAGAUCCCUAUCACGCGCGCCUCGCACACCACACCGGGCCUCACCCGUACCAGCCACCAGCUUCGGGAAGAAACAUAUGCAAUCUACCUUGAGGAGAACAUCUUCGUCCUCAACAUUCACGACUUCGGCCCCGUCGCACCGAAGACCUUCUUCAUCGGAAAGAACCACCAGAAGCACUGGUUGUCGCAAGUCGCAUGUCUCGACUACACUUGGAGCGGAGAGCACAAGUGGGCCAAUCUGAAGUCGUGGUUGCAGGUCUAUCAUGCGAAUGGUGUAAGACCACCCAGGGCUGAAGCUGGUCAGAGCAGUUGGUUGCGACUACCGUGUCAAGCUUUUCUGCUGGUGGAGGCGCUCAAGGAUGUGCCGUGGAACAACGUUAGCGAGGUCUUGGAGCAUUGGAAGAUCCGUACGGAGAUUGCGCAGAGUGGAAGUGCUGCGUUUGUCUGGAUUUGA